ACUGCGAGGUGAAGCUUUAAACUUCAGACUUGGAGGUGGGCUGUGCGCAGUAAACUGGAAUGCUCUCCCUCGCUCACCCCUCAGUGUAGGAGUGAUCUGAAGCAGGACAAGCUCAGCCUGCAGCUGCCGUGGGCUUUGUGUGGACUGGACGCAGAGCUUGGGAGACGGGGGAGGGCUAUUACUCCAAUUCACAGUCAAUGGAAUUACAGCUAUAGCGGCAGUGUAUAUAGGAUUGCUUUUUCUCGUCUUCCUGGAGAUGCUCAGUCCCAGUAUAUUUUAAGGAAGAUAAAUAUAAAGGAAAUUUAGUAUGCCUCGUUUUCUUUCCAUGAAGAAUUUAGUUUCCUUUACUUCUUAAAAGAGAAUACCUGUUCUUGUAUAACGUGACUGCACCAGACAUUCUGAAAAAUCAGCAAGAAGCAAAAGCUGGAAAUAGCUAUUUCACAGCAGGGUUCUGAAGUAACGGAAGCUACCUUGUAUAAAGACCUCAACACUGCUGACCAUGAUCAGCCCAGCCUGGAGCAUCUUCCUCAUCGGGACUAAAAUUGGGCUGUUCCUUCAAGUAGCACCUCUAUCAGUUAUGGCUAAAUCCUGUCCAUCUGUGUGUCGCUGCGAUGCGGGUUUCAUUUACUGUAAUGAUCGCUUUCUGACAUCCAUUCCAACAGGAAUACCAGAGGAUGCUACAACUCUCUACCUUCAGAACAACCAAAUAAAUAAUGCUGGGAUUCCUUCAGAUUUGAAAAACUUGCUGAAAGUAGAAAGAAUAUACCUAUACCACAACAGCUUAGAUGAAUUUCCUACCAACCUCCCAAAGUAUGUAAAAGAGUUACAUUUGCAAGAAAAUAACAUAAGGACUAUCACUUAUGAUUCACUUUCAAAAAUUCCUUAUCUGGAAGAAUUACAUUUAGAUGACAACUCUGUCUCUGCGGUUAGCAUAGAAGAGGGAGCAUUCCGAGACAGCAACUAUCUCCGACUGCUUUUCCUGUCCCGCAACCACCUUAGCACAAUUCCCUGGGGUUUGCCCAGGACUAUAGAAGAACUACGCUUGGAUGAUAAUCGCAUAUCCACAAUUUCAUCACCAUCUCUUCAAGGUCUCACUAGUCUAAAACGCCUGGUUCUAGAUGGAAACCUGUUGAACAAUCACGGUUUAGGUGACAAAGUUUUCUUCAACCUAGUUAAUUUAACAGAGCUGUCCCUGGUGCGGAAUUCCCUGACUGCUGCACCAGUAAACCUUCCAGGCACAAACCUGAGGAAGCUUUAUCUUCAAGAUAACCACAUCAAUCGGGUGCCCCCAAAUGCUUUUUCUUAUCUAAGGCAGCUCUAUCGACUGGAUAUGUCCAAUAAUAACCUAAGUAAUUUACCUCAGGGUAUCUUUGAUGAUUUGGACAAUAUAACACAACUGAUUCUUCGCAACAAUCCCUGGUAUUGUGGGUGCAAGAUGAAAUGGGUACGUGACUGGUUACAAUCAUUACCUGUGAAGGUCAACGUGCGUGGGCUUAUGUGCCAAGCCCCAGAAAAAGUUCGUGGGAUGGCUAUUAAGGAUCUCAAUGCAGAACUGUUUGAUUGUAAGGACAGUGGGAUUGUAAGCACCAUUCAGAUAACCACUGCAAUACCCAACACAGUGUAUCCUGCCCAAGGACAGUGGCCAGCUCCAGUGACCAAACAGCCAGAUAUUAAGAACCCCAAGCUCACCAAGGAUCACCAAACCACAGGGAGUCCCUCAAGAAAAACAAUUACAAUUACUGUGAAAUCUGUCACCUCUGAUACAAUUCAUAUCUCUUGGAAACUUGCUCUACCUAUGACUGCAUUGAGACUCAGCUGGCUUAAACUGGGCCAUAGCCCAGCAUUUGGAUCUAUAACAGAAACAAUUGUAACAGGGGAACGCAGUGAGUACUUGGUCACAGCCCUGGAGCCUGAUUCACCCUAUAAAGUAUGCAUGGUUCCCAUGGAAACCAGUAACCUCUACCUAUUUGAUGAAACUCCUGUUUGUAUUGAGACUGAAACUGCACCCCUUCGAAUGUACAACCCUACAACCACCCUCAAUCGAGAGCAAGAGAAAGAACCUUACAAAAACCCCAAUUUACCUUUGGCUGCCAUCAUUGGUGGAGCUGUGGCCCUGGUUACCAUUGCCCUUCUUGCUUUAGUGUGUUGGUAUGUUCAUAGGAAUGGAUCGCUUUUCUCAAGGAACUGUGCAUAUAGCAAAGGGAGGAGAAGAAAGGAUGACUACGCAGAAGCUGGCACUAAGAAGGACAACUCUAUCCUGGAAAUCAGGGAAACUUCUUUUCAGAUGUUACCAAUAAGCAAUGAACCCAUCUCGAAGGAAGAGUUUGUAAUACAUACCAUAUUUCCUCCUAAUGGAAUGAAUCUGUACAAAAACAAUCACAGUGAAAGCAGUAGUAACCGAAGCUACAGAGACAGUGGUAUUCCAGACUCAGAUCACUCACACUCAUGAUGCUGAAGGACUUGCAGCAGACUUGUGUUUUGGGUUUUUUAAACCUAAGGGAGGUGAUGGUAGGAACCCUGUUCUACUGCAAAACACUGGAAAAAGAGACUGAAAAAAGCAAUGUACUGUACAUUUGCCAUAUAAUUUAUAUUUAAGAACUUUUUAUUAAAAGUUUCAAAUUUCAGGUUACUGCUGCGAUUGAUGUAGUGGAGAUGCCUGAACACAAUUCUAUAUUUUAGUAUUUUUUAGUAAUUUGUACUGUAUUUUCCUUGCAAAUAUUGGAGUUAUAAACCAUUUACUUUGUGUUCUACUGAGUAAGAUGACUUGUUGACUGUGAAAGUGAAUUUUCUUGCUGUGUUGAACAAUCAGGACUGCAUUCACAUGAGAUCCUUGUAGUAUAAGCACAGGCCAUUUUUCACUUUGGUAUUAAUAAAAUGUAAAAAAAAAACUGGCUGAAUGGCUGAAUGAGAGAAUUUAAUUUUAAAAAAUGGUUAUGAAAUAAUGUUCCAAUUAUUAAAUUUGUAUUAUCCCAGUGGUAUUCAAUAAAUCAAAGUGUGUGAAGUAAUGGGCAAUAUCAAACCUGCUGCAUAUCUCCAUUUUUGCUCUAGGCAAAUUAAUUAUCCUUAAAAAAGUUAAGCAUAUCUUCUGAACUGAAUACAUCAGCUGGCAUAAAAGGAGUGUGAAGUCUGUUAAAGCCAUUGUCAGCAAAGCUUUGAAAAUAAAGGACUUCACAAAAACAGUAAUGUAAAUGUGUUUCCAAGUUGCGGGGGAAAUGUGUACUUAGGAAAACAUGAAAACUUAGACUUGUAUAGUAUAAUGAACACAAAUACCAAAACUGCAUUUUGGUUUUGCCUAUGCCAUCCUGAUUUUUGAAAAGUGACUUAUAAACACAAAAUUGUUAGUGUUUAUGAUGUUUUUAUCAUAAAGGAUGUCAGAGAAAUUUUAUGCAUAUUAAAAAUGUAGUGUAAUUAUAAGUGAUUCCCCUCAACAACCCAGAGAAAGUAGUUCUUUAAAUAAGAGAGAAUUUAAAGAAAAAUAAAUACUAGACAUCAAAUUUAGAUCUGGUUUAUGUCAAAGGUUUUAACACUGUACAUAAAUGUUGAAUUUACUUUUACAAAGAUCAAGAAUACUGCCCAUUACUGUCACAAUUUUCCAGAUAUUACAUAAUGAACUUGUAAUGUAACAUUUCCUUCUAGCUUCCUACUGAAUUGUGAGCUAUUACUUGUUGAAAAACCAUAUCACUUUUCUGUUGCCAUGAUUUUUUUUUUUCAACAAAAAACCAAAGUGCAUUGUACGCCCUUUGGCCAGUCUUGUAUGUGCCUUGAUCCAACGCUACAUGUAUUCAGCUUUUAAAACUCGACAAAUUUUUCAUACUCCUUAAAUAUGAAAAAUUAUGGUCUUAUUGCUGAAUAAAACUUUUAAAAAGUACAGAAUAAUUGUGCUUGCUUUUUCAGGAUUGUGUUACUAUCACUAAGUAGCAAAUUGCCCAGCACAUUAGUCCUAAACGUCCCAUGUAUUUUUCUAGUCAUAAAAAUAAAAGUUGGCUAAAAAUUUUAAAAAAUCAA